AUGACCAACUCGUGGUUUUGUGGCGUCCAAGGAAUCGGGUUGAUGUACAUAGUACUGACGAUGCUUUGCCUGGGCUUUCUCCUGAUUGCCAACCUCCACGUCCUGUCAGUCUUCCGAUCGUACGUUGUCCAGAACCAUUUGACAAAGUUGAUGGUCCUUUCCUUCUUUCUGCCGCUCUCGCUUGUCCUCCCUGUGGCGAUUCGCAAGCAGGUCGAAAAUCCUGGAUUCGGCUCUAUUUGUUUUGUCAGCUCCCAGGUCGCCAGUCCAUACUUUUUUUAUCCAUUAUCUGUCGUUGUCUGCCUGGCUACCUUGCUCCACCUGGGCACCAUCGCCUUCAUGAUCAAGUCGAGCAUACAGAACAACUCGGUGGCUGUGAGUGACUCGACGUCGUUCAAGAGCCAGAGCGACUCGCAGAGCAAUAAGACAACUUCACAACGACGACGCCGACUCCAAGCAGCACGCGAUAUUUCCCAGCUCCUCAAACAACAAUGGCGUCCGGGUCUCUUGGCGCUCUGUCUCUUGAUCGUCUACAUGAUCUACUGGCUCUUUUAUUUCAUCGAGGCGAAAAAGUUGGAGAGGGUCAGACCGGACACUCCUUGGUUCAUGGAGUGGCUUGCAUGUUUGGCGGAGCAGGCUCAAGAGGCCCUCUUGUCCGGUCGAUUGUCGGCGACAUCUACAAUGGAUGAUUUGAAAGCCGCGGGAGAUGUGGCUCAAGGGGCGUGUGCACGGAUCACGGCGCCCUAUGUGCCGUCGUUUACUUGGGCGGCGCUGGCGGAUAUUAUGCCGGCAAUCUUUGGAAUUUUCGUCCUCAUUAUCUUUGGCACCAAGUUUGAGCUGUGGCAGGAUCUCAAGAGCAGGAUCGUUGGCGAAAAGGAUACAACCGUCUUUAUUAUGGGCGAUGUUUCCACGGACCAACAGCACCGACCGGUGUCCCCCGAAGAACAGCGGUAUCAGAAGCAGGAGCAUGUUCGCUUUUCACAGACGACAAAAGCAGAUCGAGGCAAGAGCCAGGACAAUGAUUUCUACUCGGAUGAUCUGGGUCUGGGAGCAAACGAGUUUAACAGUCGAGACAUGAUCAUGGCGGCGUACGAGGCAGAGACACCUCGAUAUGGCGGCAAACAGUCUCGGUCCCGGUCUGGAUCCCAUGCCGCUCCCCCUCUACCUAACACCGAGGCGAUAUAUGGUGGGGCGACGCGUAAGACAUCUGUCACUAUUCAGGACAACGACCGCGAGCCAAUUUACUACCGCAGUCCAGAACCCACCACGGCACAACAGGAACCCAUCCAGAAGCGGCUCUUCCACGAACAGCAUGCUUUGCUGGUUACGGAUGGCGCUGUCCCCUGGCCCUCCUGGCCUUCCUCGACCUCGACUACUUCUUCUUCGCCCACUUCGCCCAACUCUUCGUCACCCUCUGGAAACAAGUCACACUCGUUCGAUCGAUACCAUCAUCAUCACCAUCACCACACACCUCCUCCGCCUCCUUCUUACCCUCACCCUCGGGAUCUGACCACCGACACCACCUCCACCCGGAACCCUAUUUCCCACCCUCUUUCUCCUCAACCUCGAGUCACGUAUCCAACACUCCCCUUCUUAUCUCAAAAGGCAUUCUACAACUCGGAAGACAUCUCUGCCCCACCCAUCUCACUGAGCCAACCCUCCCGGAUCGACCGCCAACUCAAAACCGCGCCCGCACCUUUCUACCCUCCCCCUCCACCUUCCGUUGCUCCUCCAGCGACGCCAAAGGCCUAUACCCAAGCUGUCCAGUCGGUCGUCAUUCCUGCGCGUGGCAGUAGUCGUGAUCAGGGGCGUGUCUCCAGUGACCGGGAUCGGGAGCGGUCGCCGCGGGCCUCGAGUGAGCGACAGCUACGAAUAUCUAGUGAACAACAACAGCAGCCCAGAGUGUCUAGUGAGAGGCAACCACGACUGUCAAGUGAACGACAACCGCGACAACAAUGGAAUUACCACCAACAGGAUCAGGAGCAGGCGCUGAUGGUGACUGUUAACUCUGCAGGUGUUGCUGUUGAGGCCAUCUUGCUUCGGAACUGGAUUAUCAAGCCUGGGAGUGAGAAUCCUGCCACGGCCGUGUUAACGGGGGAUUCGGCUGAGGGGCUCAAGGUUGUUUCCAAGAACCCUGGUGUUGCGGGCGCUCUUGCUAAUGUCAAGAUCGACCUUGCCAUUCCUCUCGCCAAGGAGGCUUAA